AUGAAUUCAGAUCGACAAGCAUCGGGAGAAUCCCUACCUAAGAGGAGAAGACUUGAUAAUGUAUCCAUAGAGAAUGAUAAUAUCAAUACGAUUUCAGCAGAACAACAACAGCAACAACAACAACAACCAGACCCAUCUGAAACCAAUAUUACUAAUAAUGAAGUUAUUGAAUUAUCAGAUACAGAUAAUAACAAUGAAACUAAUAUUGUGGAAAACGCACUGUUAAUUUCGGAUUUUCUGGAUGCUUUAUUUGUUCCUGAUGAUCCUGUACCUACUACUGACGUAGUUGUGGUGGAUGACGAUGAUGAGAACAACAAUGAUGAUGAUGAUGAUGAAAUUGAAAUCAUUAAUGUGAAUACAAUAAGUCCAACUCCAAUAUCACAUUCAGAGUCAAGAAAUAACCACACACAUAACAAUGAAGCUGAUGAAAGUUUUGAAGAUAUUGAAAUUACCAGCGAAAGACGUGUACCAGAAUCAGAAAGGCUUACUAGAUAUGGUCAUAUAAAUAAUGAUAGUGGAAUAUCAUUUGAAGUCGUUCCAUCAUCUCAUACAACACCAAGAACUAAUAGACUAUAUACACCUAUUGGAGAUAUCGAAAUUACAAAUGAUGAUCUUGUGGCUCGUGAAUUGGCUAUGAUUAAUAGAAAUGGCCAACAUCAUUUUACUAAUAAUCUACAAUCUAUUGAUGAGAGACUACGUCAAUGUCAUAUUAGACAAAGAGAAUUACAAAGAGAAAGUGAGAAUCUUCGACAACGUGAGAAUGCUUUAGGAUCUUAUAAUGCUCGAGUUUUUACAGAACAACAAUUGUUACAAUGUGAAUUGACUGAAAGACGUCGAAGAAAUAGAGAGGCUAGACAACCACAACGACAACGAGUAGCACAUUAUCGUUCGAGAACUCCAAGAUUCUUUUUUCCUGGUGAUGAGGUGCGAACAGUAGAAGAAAUUACUCCACGACUUCGUGAAUUAUCAAGAGAACUUCAAAGUACAGAUAGUCGUCGUUUGGAACUUGGUAGGGAGCGACGAAGAAUUGAACAAGCUCUAUCGUCGGUUGCACAGCAAAUUGAGCAACUUACAAGAAUGAGAAAUUUUCAUCAACAAAGAACUAGAUCCAGACCCGUGCAACCUCCACAACGAGGUACUACAGUCAGAGUUGUGGGGAGUAAUUUUAACAUGAUGCCAAAUUUUGAACAUUCUGGAGUUGGUAGACGAGGUCCAUAUUCUCCGGGUACUCGUUCUCGAUAUGAAGCUAGUAUAUUGCGAGUACUUGAAGAGCAUCCCUUUCAAUUUCUAGUAAGUACCCUUGAUGGAGAUUCUGAUGCUGAACGUGAUAUCGAACGACAUAUUAUGGCAAGAAUUGAAGAAGACACUAAUCAAAUGCUAGAUAGUAGAAUUGCUCGUGAAGCUGGUUUCAAUAAAAAAGUAGUUGAAGAUAGAAAAAAGAGAAUAUCCAGUGAAAAACCAAAUCAUACUAGUACAAUUAACAAGGAUGAUCAUUUGGUAUGUGAAUUAUGUAAUAUUGAAUUAGGUGAAGGGGUCCCCGAAGAUUUCCAAGGAGAUGUUAGAUAUGAUUCAAAAUUCCAGCAUUAUUGUCAAGAAUAUGAAUGUACUGCGCCAUGGUUUUGUAUUUAUCCUUUCACGAAAGUUGAUAUUGACUUGUCUAAAAGAGCAUUUAUUUCCAAAUGUGGACAUUUAUUCUGUGGAAGAUGUGUUAAAAAUAUUGGUAAUAGACCAAAAAGAAAAACGAAAGAAUCGAAAUUGAUUUCAAUUAAAAAUCCAAACAUUUAUGCUCCUGCAAAAUGUCCUGAACCUGAUUGUGCUAAAAGAUUCACAGCUAAAAGUUUCACGGAAAUCUAUUUUUAA